AAGAGGCAGAGGAAGAGUAACCAUAGACAGAAGGAGCAGUUGGAUACAUAAUGAUACAAGAUAGGGAUCCAAGUGUUCUCCGCUACUGAGCACACCUUUCUCUUCUCUCCAUCUUCUGUCACUGCGAUCACCUUUCUCUUCUCUUCACCCUUCACAUUCCAAACACCAACGAUCUCAUCCUUAUUUUGAUCUUUAAUUUUUUCUCCCCUCGUCUUAAUUAUAAUUAGGUUACUGUAAUCCCACUCAAUCAUGGACGUCGAUCCCCGCCAUUAUGAACAAAUUAAAUCGUUGCCAUUGGAAGUCUGGUGGAACUUUUUUCUGCAUAUAGAAUUCCCAUCAGAACACGAUUUUGGAGUGGGAGAGAGAUAGGAAAGACAUCAGUGCUUUGUGCUUGAGGCACAAAAUUUCAGCGGCCAUCAAAGACAAUGAAAUUCACAAUGUUGUUCUCUCAUAUCUGGUGCAUAAUUGUUAUAAAGAGACUGUGGAAUCCUUUAUAGCAUGUACAGGGAUGAAGCAACCUGCAGAUUGUCUUGAGGACAUGGAUAAAAGAAAAAGGAUUUUUCACUAUGCGCUAGAGGGGAAUGCACUUAAGGCCAUAGAGCUAACAGAAGAGCUGGCACAUGACUUACUAGAAAAUAAUAAGGACCUGCAUUUUGGUCUUUUGAGCCUCCAUUUUAUUGAGCUUGUCUGCACUAGGAAGUGCACAGAAGCAUUGGAAUUUGCUCAAUCAAAGUUGACCCCAUUUGGGAAAGUCCAGAAGUAUGUUGAAAAGCUUGAAGAUUUUAUGGCUCUGCUUGCUUAUGAAGAACCAGAAAAAUCUCCAAUGUUUCAUCUGCUUAGCUUGGAGUAUCGGCAGCAAGUUGUAGAUAGUUUGAACCGAGCUAUUCUUGCUCAUGCAAACCGCCCAAGCUAUGCAGCAAUGGAGAGACUGAUACAACAGGCAACAGUAGUGAGGCAAUGCUUAAAUCAAGAUCACGGCAAGGAUGGUUUUCCACCAUUUUCUUUGAAGGAUUUUCUCAAAGGCUAGAUAUGAUGCGAUUCAAGUACUUUUGGUAGGGCUAGCCAAGGUUACUUCAUAUAUAGUUGCCACCAUCUGGUUUUGGUUUUCUCAUGGGUAGAUAAUGGUCAUCGAUGCCUUCACAUCUGUAAAAAGUUGCCAAGUAGGCUGUCUCAUGUGUAUGGGUGUUGCAUUUGUCGAGGUAUGCCUCUUUUCAUGGUUGGCCACAAUGCUAGUGCAUUUUGGUUCAACUUUGCACAGUUUGGAUUUAUUCUAGAUGGUGGUUUUGAUGAUCCACUUGCCAGUAUUUAAGACCUUAGUAAUUAAGAUUUUGUGUAGCCUAACAUCAAAAUUUUAUUUGGCAUAAAUAGGAGUCUUGUUUGGUGAAGCAAGGUCGAGAUUCAAAGACCAUUUUAUAUAAUUUCUCAUAUGGGAAAAACAGAAGGAAAUUUUUUAUGGUAUGUCUUGUGCGGCAAAAUCUGCCGGCAGUUGUGUGGUUGUAAAUAUAUUCAUAUUUGAGUAACAUUUUAUCAUCUGAAA